CAUGACUGAAGAAAGGAGCGAUGAAUACAUGCCUCUUGUGUUCAGCUUCACGGGCGAAGUAACCUCGAGUGCAAGCCGUAACGAUACCCAGGGGGCUUCCUCUACUCUGGGCACCUACACAACAUGAGCCCUACGGCUGUCUUCUAAUUUCCAAAGAGCCAAACGUUUCAUUUUUUCCCUUUACCCAUCGGCAUUGACUGCGCAUGGGCGGCAAUCAUACGUGCUUCUGUCACGAAACAGACGCUAGUGCUCCAGAGGCGCCCAAACAGCCAUGGCUGAAGAAAGUAACAGUGGACACACGCCUCCUGCGUUUAACUUCGACGACGAAGCAAUGCCGAGCACAAGCCAGGAAUUCUUCGAAGGCGCUUCGGGCACUUCAGACUGUAGCACUACGAUUUGCGAUGACUCCUUCGAAGACCUGUGGAACGCGAUGAACAGCCACAACGAUGCCACGGACGUCACUGGCCAUACACAUCUCACUGAAAGCGGAAUCGCCAGUGCCCAACCUGCGGAGUUCAGGAGCAGCGUUGAACAUGCACAGACCAGUACAAGCCGCGCAGGCAUGGGGGAAGCAUCGGUCAUUCCGGGAAACAUUGCUAGGUGUGACUGACAAUGGUAACACGAGUUACCUGCACCUGGGGUUCAGCACCAGCAUUGAUCACGCAAUGCCCAGCACAAGCCGCACAGGCAUGGAGCAAGCACCUGCCAUUACAGAAGGCGGCGCCAGAAUUCCUGAGACAACCCGUGUUGACGAAGCGAACAUGCAAUACCACCUGGCUGAUAGCACAUCCACUGACUGCGGUAGGUGCGGGAAUGUUUUCGGUCACUGGUAUAUCAUGCCUUGCCGUCAAGGGCAUACGCACAACACAGAAACCGGGAGCACUUCUUUCACACAUCUGGUCUAUAGCAGCAGCCCAGUCGCCAGUACAAGCUACGCCCACAUGGAGGAACGAUCGAACACUUUUGGAAACGAUGCCUGGAACGCUACUGGAACUGGAGGAAGGGAAAGGCAAGAAUUCUGCUAUUUCUCUGGCAAUGUUUCGAGCAAACAGGAUGCCUCACAUGGGCAUGCCGACGGAGACACGGGCGAUGCAGCCCACAUUUUCAAAGCAUCUGAACUAACGUCUGUAAAGAAUUCGAAGUUCGUAAAACACUGCCGGAACACAACAGGCAAACAACACAAGUGCGAAAGGUGUGGGAAAUCAUUCGGCCAGGCUCGUAAUCUGACUGUACAUAGCCGCACGCACACGGGCGAGAAACCUCACAAAUGCGAAAUAUGUGGAAAAUCGUUUCGGCAGUCUGUCCACCUAAAUAAACAUAAGCACACGCAUACAGGCGAGAAACCUCACAAAUGCGAUAUUUGUAAUAGAGCGUUCAACCAGUCUACUCAUCUAACUAAACAUAAGCGCACUCAUACAGGCGAGAAACCCCACAAAUGCGAUAUUUGUAAUAAAGCGUUCACCCAGUCUAGUAAUCUAAAUAAACAUAGGCGCACGCAUACAGGCGAGAAACCUCACAAAUGCGAUAUUUGUAAUAAAGCGUUCACCCAGUCUAGUCAUCUAAAUAAACAUAAGCGCACGCAUACAGGCGAGAAACCCCAAUAAUGCUAUAUCUGUAAUAGUGUUCCGCCAGUCUUCUCAUCUAAAUGACCAUAAGCCCACACAUACAGGCGAGAAACCGUACACUUGCGAAGCAUGUGGUAAAUCACUCGUGCGGAUGACGGAUCUCUGUAGGCACCAGUACGCUCACACGGACGAGAGGCCCAAUGUAUGCCCCAAAUGUACUACACCAUUUAAAACGAAACAAGAACUCAGGCGUCAUCUUAACAUCCCUUGUAGUGACAGAGCUUUCGUUUGCAAAUUAUGUAAUGAAUCGUUUUUAGACAACUCACGUCUCAGUCAUCACCGCCAAAGCAUACCCGGGUAUAAAACACUGUCUGGGUCAUAUCACUACACGGAGAAAGAAACCCUCGACGGAUACCUGUGCCAGAAUAAUACUUGCUACUUAUGCGGAGAUUCAUUUGGAGACGAGGUUAGACUGACUGCGCACAUCGUGACACAUAGGGAUGGGCAGCCGUAAUAUUCUCACUAGCACGCAAGUAAAUUACCCACGGCUUUUGCAUAACAACGUGACAGUGAAGUAUUGCUGGGAAACAACGCUGACACACUUUCACAGGAGUGAGAAACUAACCAAACGUACCUGUGCAAAGGCCGGCUUCUUUUUACAUUUAAAACUGUCUAGUAAAAUGCAUGAUGUGAUCGAUGCCAUCUGGUUUUUCAAAAUUACGAGACAAAACGUCGUCGCCAGGAGUAUUUGGGGUGCUUCAAGGUGGAAGUAAAUUGCAGGUCCUGGCCAGCGCUUACUGCUCGCACAACUACAUGUGUCAUUCGCGAAAGCAGGUUUAGCACAUUUAUUUCAAGACAAAUCCUCAUGGGCUGCAAACUUGUGUUUUGUGUAAGCAGAAGGUCGAGACUGCCGCACAAGAUCCUUGACUCCCCGUUCGAUUAGAUGUUUUUGCAAGUGUUUUGAAAUGUACUAGUAAGCAAGCUCUAAUGAACCCUCUGCUUAAUGAUUUUGCAGUGUGUUCAGAAGGGAACAUCUCUCAUUGAAAAGUAAUCUGUCAAGUAAACUGUCAUUAAGGAACUUCAGCCCUGCUGCCUUCCAGAGUCCGCUUUUACGACAAUGUAUAGACGCAUCCAACGCAUGCAAAAAUUUAUUUCGUUUAAAAUUUGUCCAAUGCAUUGAUUGUUUUGGUUCUCUUGGCUCUUGUAUUCUUACCUAAAAUCUUUCUUGGAAACCAUAAACUAAGCUGAUGACAGUGAGACUAUUAGAUUGAAAUAAUUUGGAGAUUUAUUAUAUUACGUGUUCUCGCACUACGAAAAUUUUACUUGUUUUAUUGUGGUGGCUUCAUGUUUUCAAGGGCAGUCCUUCAUCCACUUGGAAGACGUCUGUUAUGGCUCCCACUGUUCUGUAUUUAAAGCUGUGGAAUUUUUUUAGUGUGGUGUGACAAACGCAUCUGCGCGAGCAAUGACAGGAAAUGUGAGAUGCAGGUUUUAGG